AUGAAGUUGGCCAUUUUGGGCGCUACAGGCCGGACAGGACAAAGCCUUAUUCUUCAAGCCAUCAAGGCUGGUCACCAGGUCGUUGCCGUGGUCAGAGAUCCUGAGAAACUACGUGAUAUCGAGCAGAAUGUCGACGACUUCAGUUUGAAGAUUGUAAAGGGUGAUAUAUAUUCGUCUGAUAGUCUUCAACCAAUCUUCGAUGGUUGCGAUGCAGUCCUGUCUGGUCUUGGUGGCCAGACCUUAUUCUCUACAGUCACGCUCUACUCAAGAUCUUGCAAAGCAAUCGUGGAAGCCAUGAGACAUGCCAACGUGAAAAGAUUCGUCGUAAUCACAUCUUGGUAUACGCAAGUCGACCCUAAAGACGAUCCCGGGUUCGUAGCCCGUUGGGUGAUCAGACCUAUGCUCAAGAAGGUCUUGAGUGAUAUGCUCAUUAUGGAAACAUAUCUGGAGACAGAAUGCCAAGAUAUCGACUACACUGCUGUGAGACCCGCUCAGCUCAAUAGCAAACAGAGCACAGGUCAACCAUUCGUCGUAGAAGAACGUCAGUUCGUGAAUGCAUCUACAUCCAUACCUCGAGCUGAUGUAGCAAGGUUCAUGUUACAAUGUCUGGACGAGGACAAGUAUUACAAGAAAUUUCUUGCCAUUGGUGUAAAAUAAUAAUAAUGGUUGUUAGGAGAACCCGAGGUGACAUAUGUUUGUUUAUUCUUUAUAACACGACCUGUAGGGCCUAUAUAUUAAGGAGUAAUGUGGUCAUUACUUUAACAAUUGUUAUUAUAUCUUCA